AAACGAUCCCCCGAUACCUAGGAGCCGCACAUGAACUCCCUCUAAGAUGUCAGCCCACCGCGUUGACGCAAUACCAGCACAACCAUGGGCGCUUGCCAAAGCGCGGUUCAUGUCGGACCUCUCGGAUCAGGAGAAGAACCUCUUCGAGAAGGCUACGCUGGAGAAUAUCUUCUACGGAGCUAGUGUGGCGGAGAAGAAACACAAGGCAGAGAGCAAAACGCGAGCUGUGCACGACAAGAUGCGACCGCUGCUGGAAGCAGUAGAAGAUUAUGGGAAAGCGAUGGAUGUAUUCUCGAACACGUAUUCGCUAGCGUUGGCUCCAAUCUGGGGCAGUAUCAGAGUCUUACUGCAAUAUGCUUUGGACUUUGGAAAAUACUAUGAGAAGAUAGUCGAUAUCCUCGCUCGAAUCGGUGAUGUUCUGCCACGUUUUCGAAUCUACGAACGCCUGUUCCCUGACCACGAACGGCUCGUCCUUGCGUUAGCAAAUGCCUAUCUGGAUAUUGUCAAGUUCUGUACAGACGCAAAGGCUGUUUUCACGGAGGGGAAAAAAUCACGCAAACCGUUCAAACUGAUCUGGAAACCAUUCAGCAAGCGAUUCGAUGUGUAUUUAUACCAGUUCCGAAUGCACCAAAAGGAGGUGGAGAGGGAAGCGGGCGUGUCGCAUAUGAUCGAAAGCAAACAAGAACGAGAAAUAGAACAAGCAAACAGGGAACUGCAAGAGCGAAACAUGAAGGCAGAGAGGCGCCGCCGGGUCCUUGCCCGGCUUUCUGCGGGAGAGUACCAAGUGAACCACUACAAAACCCGAGGCGUUCGGAUCGACGGCACAGGAGAUUGGGUUUUGAAUGAUCCUUUGUUCUCCGCUUGGCUUCAAGACACUGGAAGCAGUGGUUGCUUUUGUUGCUUCGGAAUACCGGGGUCUGGUAAAACCGUCCUCGCCUCUGCCAUUAUCGAUUCGAUGAUAGCUCGUGAUGAUUCAGCGGUGGCAUACUACUACUGUGACUACGCCAAUCCCAAGACCUUGGAGAUGGGUGCUAUCGUUGGAUCGCUCAUAAGACAACUCAUCGAGAAGCUUGAACUAGACAUAACCGACCAAUUCGAGGAAGAGUUGAUCGAAUGCUACGAGGCAGUGUCUCCUAGCUUAAUGUGCGAUAGCCUCACAAAGCUUCUUCAUCGCUUCAUCCUCGAAUUCAAUUCGGUCUUUCUCGUUCUAGACGGAAUUGAUGAGUUAUCGCGACAAAACCAGUCUGCAAUUCAUCAAAUCGUAUCAAAGGCCCUGGAUCGUACUGACUGUACCCUGAAAGUUUUUCUUACCAGUCGUCGCG